AUGUCAUCUCCUCGGUCUGAAGGAUACAAGGAGUUUGUCAAACAAAAGAUGGCAAGGGAAUGGGAUUUUCCUGUUUGGACUUUGAAUGAGUUACAGACUUGUCGACGUCAUUGCUAUCCGGAUGUACCCAUUGAGACUAUCAAUGAGAGGUAUCGCAUGUAUGGUGGUGUAGCUCGUUCUGUCUUUGAUAUUGUAUCAAAUCCAAUGGAGAAAGCUUUGACUGAUGUUGAUGCAGUCAAAGGGGUACGAAACAUUGGAUUCACAAUCAAACUAUCUGCAAAUACUCAUACAUUGCUUCAUACCAUUGUGUCGGACGACGGACAGUACAAAUUCCUGCAUGUUGAUAUUUCUUCAAGAUAUGUUGGAGAACAACUCUGGCAACGUCAUUCUGCUCAAAUGAUUACCAAUAUGCAGCAAAUGUUUGAUGGUAUUCCAACCAAAAUUUCAAGACAUUUGUUUGAAAUAUACGGACAUGUGGUUUUUUGUACUGGUGGACAAACUCUCAAAUGCAGAUGCCUGAAAGAUGGUACAGUGACAAAGAUUACUUUGGAUGCACUCAAUGGCCAACGAAUUACAUUUGGAAUAGAUACUAUCCCUACUGCAGCAGCACUUGAUGGCAACUAUUACGAACCGACAAAUGACAAUAAUUUUGCAGCAAUUGAUUCACUCAGUCGACAGGGAAUGUUCCAAUUUACAGUUGCUGCUGAACAUCCUAUUCGCGAAGUUGAUAUUCUUACAAAACUGUGCAAUUUGUAUGAUGAACCCAAACUUUAUUUUGUGGUUCCACCUCACCAGUUUGAAGGGUUCAAAAAGCAGAGUUUCAACCCAAUUGAUGGCACAGAGCAGCAUUUUGAUAAUGUCGGCAUUUGUCAGGAUAUCACACCUGACAACUUUGAAUCAAAUUUAGCAGUGAUUAUAGAAACACACAAACUUCAAAUAACUGCGCAACUAUAUGUUCAAACUCUGCUCCAAAUAUAUGUUGUUGUAUACAGCAAACCUGGUAAAGUGUUGUAUUUUGUCAUGGCUGCAUUGUUUCGAGACAUAAUUCGAGGCUUGUUACAAUGGUUUACUGGAUUUGAUAUCCAAUAG